AUGAUGAUUGAUCUGAAUGAACCACCGCUUGACGUAGAGUCCAUCAACAUUUCAGUCGAGUUGGGUGCACCCUUCUUACAUGCAGGGGAUGAGCAAGAGCAUCAACAUUUGGAGGAGGAGGUUGGUGAGUCUCCUGACCCCAACGUUGGCUCCACCACUGCUCAUGUCCCGGACAAUCGUGUUGCCGCUCCCCCACCUAUGGUUGCUCCUGCUAAUGCUUUAGUUCAUGAGGCACAUGAGUUGGAAGACGAAGAAGCUGGAUCACAGCCACAACAACCUUAUGUUGGCAUGCGAUUCGACACAUUAGAGGAUGCGAGGGAAGACUACAAUUGCUACGCUUUGAUGGAGGGCUUUUCAAUCAAGUCAAAUACAUCUUACAGGUCGGCCUACACAGGUGUGCUGGAAAAACAGCAAUUCUGCUAUAACAAGUUCCGCAAACCAGUAGAGAGGGUUGGGAUUCCGGAUGUUCCCUCGUCAAGUAAAGACACUACAUGCCCGAGUUCGCCUGAACAAGAUGUUGAAGAGGAUGUCGAGGAACACACUUUCAAGAAGAAGAGGAAACGUGAAACUGUGAAGCAAACAAAAUGCCGUGCUAAGAUGGUGGUGAAGCUUAAAGAUGACAGAUGGGAGGUUAUCACUUUUAUUGCAGAUCACAACCAUCCACUGGUUGAGAAGCCAUCGCUUUCGAAAUACCUCCGUUCUCACCAAGGAAUCCUGCCGGAACAGAAAAAAUUACUGACUCACCUAAACGACUGCAACUUGACAGCAGGAAAGAUGAUGAUGUUAAUGUCAUCAUACUACGGCUCGGAGUUGAUUGUUCUGUACACAGCUAAAGCCAUCCAUAACCACUGUUCGAAGCUCAACGCCCCAACUAAAGACAUUGACAUUGAAGAAAUACUAAACUUCUUUUGCAAGAUGAUGGAAAACGACCUAGGAUUUUUCUUUAAAUGCAAGACAGAUGCGGAAGGCAGGACAGAAAACUUGUUUUGGGUGGAUGGUGCGGCACGGAAAGCAUACGCGGAGGCUUAUCAUGAUUGCGUGUCAUUUGAUGCAACUUAUCUCACGAACAUGUACAAUAUGCCGUUUGCCCCCUUCAUUGGCAUCAACAGACAUGGGCAGUCAAUUAUGCUUGGGUGUGGAUUUGUCCGGCAGGAACUAGCCUCAAGAUAUGACUAG